AUGAAGCCCAUCGUAUCACCAGAAGCAACCGUGCACGCCGGUCGAACAAAGGAAGAAUGGGGAGGGACAUGGCAAAAGCUCGAAAUAGAGACAUCGGCCAUUCCCUUCGAUGAAGUCAAGCAGCAUUGCUGUCGUGGCUUCGCAAGCGUCAACGUCUGGCUGAGAACAGACGAAGAAGAUGAUGGACUGAGCGAGGGGAUCCAUGCGAGCAUGAAUUGUCGAGCCGACUCGGACGAGUGCGACGCGUACUUUCCUUGGCCUGUACAGGGCGAAUGUGACAACAGGCAGAGCACUGUCGAGUUCGGCUAUCUGUACGAAAAUCAUAAGCAGCAGCACACAGCUCUUGCAUCGCGCUCAGCGAACGUCGCACCGCUACAAAAUACUGUACAGACCGGUGUUGCCCUCAAGGAAGAGAGACCGAUCGACGACGAGCAGUGGAGCUUCCAUAUUGUCGCCUAUGGUAUCGCGACAUGUGACACGAUCAGAGCAAACACACCACUCGUGUAUGCGAGAGUUAACGUGACGAACGCUGUUCCUCAUUUUCCCUUCAUUUCGCCGCCUGGCUCGCACAUCACCGUCAGCGACACGCGUUAUCUGGACGAGGUUUGGGUCGAGCUACAGAUCAGUGCCGACCUCAACACCGUUGAUCCUCGCUGGCAUCCGUGCUGCUGGGGAUUUCUUUGGAUGAAAUUGUGGGUCAGGAUUGACGAACCUGGUGCAUGGGAAGCCGAGGAAAAUAUGACUGUCAACCUUGGCUGUUCUCACCAUGGACCUGGUUGCGACAAGAUGCCAGCCUAUCCCUCAAUCUUGGAUAAAGAGUGCACUAUGCUCAAGCCCUCAAUCGAGCUCUUCUUCGAUCCUCGUGAACCUCGCGAUCAUUCCCAAGCGAGGGACAGUAUGGAUGACACAGCGUUCGCGCAUCAAGGUCUAGCGACGGGCUUGACGGCCGCUAUUCCAUCUGCUAUGCUCACAAACCUUCUCUAUGGCUUUUCGCUUUGCGCAUUGGUGGCGGGCAGUGCCAUCGAGCGUCCAUUGCCCGAAUGGACCUUCGACAUCUUCAUCAUGGCUAUGGCUUCUUGCGGCAAUAUUGUUCAAGUCGAUACGCCUGUGAUUUACAUUCAGAUCUUGAUGGGACCCGAAGGCCCUCGCAUCCUGGCCAAGGAUUACGUGACGAGCAUCAAGGGCAAAGAUGUCCGCUACGAAUCCGACGGUGUUUGGCUCAAGUUUGCCGUCGCUUCCGAAGUAAAUACGAUGCACGAAGAGUAUCAUGACUGCUGCACGACCUAUGUCGAUACUGCUUUCUGGCUCAGGGCCGACACAGCCCAGGGUUAUCAUACCGAGGAGGUCACUAUGGACAUCGAUUGUACAGAGAUCAACACUGUACCUUGCAACCGCGCGCUGCCAGUAAAGCCCAAAGGGAAGUGCGAUAUCAUCCGCAGCGCCACGCAAAUUUACUACGCUCCGGCUCACGAGCGAGAAGGCUCGUCGUGA